AUGUCUGAUAUGGAGGCCGCUCUGCACACCGCACAGCACACACAGUCCAAUGGCGCUCCAUCUGUGCCUCCCACAAGUCUGAAUCCCACACCCGAGACGGGAACCCGGUACGAGCGGCCCAUUGCCGCAGCACAACAAGACGGCCUCCCCAUCAUUGACAUCUCGUCCUUCAUGGACCCCAACGGCAGCCGUGAAGCGCGCAGCAUAACCGCCAAAGCCAUCAACGCCGCCUGCAUAAACUACGGCUUCUUCUACCUUACCGGCCACGGGAUCCCGGAGUCCAAGCUCAACGACAUCAUCUCGCUGGCCCGCGAGUUCUUCGCUCUCCCGCUUGAGGAAAAAUGCAAAAUCCAGCGCUUCGAUGCUGGUAGCCCGCAGGGAGGCGACGGCGCCCGCGGAUACCAAUGCCUAGGCGAAAACGUCACGAAUAGCCUGCAGGAUAUGCAGGAGGCUAUCGACUGGUACCGUGAGUGGCCGGCGGACAAACGCGAGCCUGGCGAUGGCGGACCGGGGAGCGUCAAGAGUCUCCAGGGCGUCAAUUUAUGGCCUGAGCGGCCGGAGAGCUUGAGGCCCAUGUAUGAAGAGUAUGUGGAGCGUGUCAUGGAAGUGGGGAAGGCGGUGGUGCAUGCCAUGGGUGUAGCGCUGGACUUGGGACCUCCUCGAUCUAGUACUUCUGAUGGCAGUGCUGUAGACGAGGAAGACGAAGAGAUCUUUGUGAGGAACUGUAAGGAUUCCUUUUGGGUUAUGCGUAUGAUUGGGUAUCCGCCACUGUCUUCGCCUCCUCCUUCAUCUUCAUCCAGCAACAAGAGCAACAACAACGACGGCACGACAAACCCAGAUACAGAAGACAUAUCCCAAUUUUCCUGCGGUGCUCACACAGACUACGGCUGCGUAACCCUCCUCCUCACGGACCCCACGCCCGGCUCCCUGCAAGUCCAGCUGAAAAACGGGUCGUGGCUCAACGCCGACCCGCUCCCCGGCGCCUUUGUCGUCAACAUCGGCGACAUGAUUGAGCGCUGGACCAACGGGCUGUGGAAAAGCACGCUGCACCGCGUCAUUCACCGCGGCACGCGCUACAGAGUCAGCGUCCCGUUCUUCUACGAACCCGCGUUUGAAGCCGUCGUCAGGCCGCUGGACAAAUGCGUAAACAUGACGGUGCGGAGCACGGGCGACAAGAGAAUUCAUGCUGGAAGCACCUAUGGCGAGCACUUGCUCACUAAGGUGUUUAGUAAUUUCUACUAUAGCAAAAGGACGGAUUGGUGAAUCGAAAUUAAAAAAAAAUUCGACGGCGGAGUACUGAUGUGUGAUCAACUUUGAUAUAAAGCGC